AUGCCUCUAUCAGAAGCACCAAGCCAUAGCUCGACUCCGCGGUCCUUUACGAGUCAGUCCGCGUCCGCAGAAGAUCUUCUCAAGUCACAGACAGUCGGUCUUGUCCAUCUUUCCGAUUUCCGCAAACGCCGCGCAGAGGUUCUCGAGCAAAAAGAGCGCGAGGCGCAUGACAAGUCGCUAGGGAGGUUUACAUCCGGUAACUCAAGAAGCGCAACUCCAUCUGGGGGCGAUGUAACUGACGGAAAUUCGACGUCGGGAAGAGAGGGUCCGCCAAAGAAGAAGAAAAAGAAGCCUCUUGCAAAGAGCAAACUUUCUUUUGGAGAUGAUGACGAGGAGGAGGAAGAGGUUUUUCAAGCGAAUACACACCCAAACGCCAAAGCUGCAGACGACUCGACACCUACUCCGGCCGAUCUGAGUGCUUCGCGGUCCGGUACUGGCACACCUUUUGAGGUAACCUCUGCACCGCAGUCUCGUCGCAUUACGCCAAAUCCGAGAGCCCCACCUCCACCAAAGGCCCUUACAAAAGCAGCUCUCAAAGCGGAAGCAGAGGCGCGAGAUACCUUACGAAAAGAGUUUUUGACGAUGCAAGAGGCUGUGAAGAAUACAGAGAUCUUGAUUCCUUUUGUCUUUUACGAUGGAACAAAUAUCCCGGCCGGUACAGCCAAAGUCAAGAAGGGAGAUCAUGUCUGGCUCUUUCUGGACCGGUGUCGAAAAGUCGGCGCCGAGCUAGGUGUGAGCAACACUAGCGGAGCCUCAAAGGGCCGAAAGUUCAAUCGCCGGGAAUGGGCAAGAGUGAGCGUGGAUGACUUGAUGCUUGUCAAAGGAGAAAUCAUCAUUCCACAUCAUUACGAGUUCUACUACUUUAUCGCGAACCGUGUCCCCAGCUUCUCUAAGACCGGAGGGCUGCUGUUCGACUAUUCCGACAAACCUCCGCCGCCACCUUCCACAGACGACCCUUUGUACCGUCCGAGCAAUGAGCAGCUAGAAGGAGGCGAUAAAGACCCCACACUAACCAAGGUGGUUGAUCGACGGUGGUACGAGCGGAACAAGCACAUCUUUCCCGCAAGCUUAUGGCGGGAGUACGAGCCGGGACCGGACUUUGAGGAGAAGAUGCGUACCACGAAAAGAGAUGCUUCGGGGAAUACGUUUUUUUUCUGA